CACCACAGUCACCACCAUCAAUCAUCCAGUUCACUACUCUCUGCCACCGUCUGAAGUACCCCGGCGCACUUUCAAAGAUCUAUAUGAAGUUGUUUUCCGAUUGUCGAAAAUACCUUGGAGGGCUUCAGACAGCGGCAAAGCAGUAUUACCUGACAACCACUGCCGAUCCUGGAGCAUCACGAUGAGUUCCUUCCUAGAGCUCCCUGGCGAGCUCCGCAACCAUAUCUACACCAAACUCGUUGCUACCAAUCGAUCAGCAUCCAAGAAGCUCGCCUUUCUGCUGACUUGUCGUCAAGUCCAUCAAGAAGCCUGGCGUAUUGCUUGGGAAGCUACUACAUUCGAAAUCAAUCAGCUUCACCCGCCAAC